UUGAUUAAAUUAUGUCUGAAAUAAGACCAAAAGAGCCCAUCUGCAUCACCAUCUUGCCUUAAUACCAUCUCCAAAUACAAUAAUUAUAAUAAAUAAAUAGAAAAAAUAAAAGUGGUGUUGGAUCCAGAUCUUCCUGCUUUUCAUCUAUAAACAAAACCAUGGGGGGUUCAGCACUCAACAAUCCCCAAGAAACCUUCCAUCACCUUCUCUUUGCUUGCAGCAAUGCCUGCACCCUUAAGCAACCCUCUGCCUUUUCCUAGUGUCUUCUCCUUCACCUUACGCCUGUUCAUUGGCUCUCUUCUCUUUUUAAGUUGCUAUUCCAUUGAUGAGCAGGGCCGUGCUCUGUUGGCAUGGAAGAACAGUUUGAAUGACUCAACCAAUGCCCUCUAUUCUUGGAAUUCUUUGGAUCAGAAUCCCUGCUCUUGGUUUGGGAUACACUGCAACUCCAAUGGCGACGUCGACAAGAUAAGUUUGAAGUCUGUAGACCUGCAGGGGCCCUUGCCUUCAAAUUUGCAGCCACUCAAGUUCUUGAACACUCUCAUUCUCUCAUCAACCAAUAUCACCGGCACGAUCCCGAGAGAGUUUGGGGACUAUCUUGAGCUGGUUCUAAUUGAUAUAAGCGAUAACGCAAUAUCCGGUGAGAUUCCAGGGGAAAUAUGCAGGCUCAGCAAGUUGCAGUUCUUGUCUCUCAACACGAACUCUAUCCAGGGCAGCAUCCCUUUGGACAUUGGGAACCUGUCCAGUCUCAAGCACCUUAUGCUCUUCGACAAUCAGCUAAGUGGUGAAAUCCCAAAGAGUAUAGGAAAACUGAGCAAUCUUGAAGCAUUAAGAGCCGGUGGGAAUCAAAAUCUCAAGGGAGAAUUGCCUUUGGAGAUUGGAAACUGCACCAACUUGGUUGUGCUAGGCCUUGCUGAAACCGGCAUUUCUGGGAGUCUUCCGUCGUCAAUUGGGAGGCUGAAAAGGCUUCAAACUAUAGCAAUAUACACAUCUCUGCUGUCCGGUCCCAUUCCGGAAGAGUUAGGAGAUUGCACUGAGUUGCAGAAUCUGUACUUGUAUCAGAAUUCCAUCACCGGUUCCAUUCCGAGGAGGAUAGGGGAGCUCAGGAAGCUUCAAAGUCUAUUAUUGUGGCAGAACAGUUUGGUUGGUACAAUUCCAGCCGAACUUGGGAGCUGCACAGACUUAAGAGUCAUAGAUUUAUCAGAGAAUCUCUUGACAGGAAGCAUACCGACGAGCUUUGGAAAUCUUUUCAAGCUCGAAGAACUGCAGCUGAGCGUUAAUCAACUAUCAGGUACUAUACCUUCCGAGAUAACUAAUUGCUCUGCUCUGACUCAUUUGGAAGUUGACAACAAUGAGAUUACCGGGGAAAUUCCGGUUCAGAUUGGCAAAUUAACGAGCUUGAAUCUGUUUUUCGCCUGGAAGAAUAACUUAACAGGCAAUAUCCCAGAAUCUUUAUCCGAGUGUGAGAAUCUCCAAGCUCUUGAUCUUUCUUAUAAUCAGCUCUUUGGCCCGGUCCCUAAACAGAUUUUUUCAUUGACAAACUUAACCAAAUUGCUGCUAAUUUCCAAUAACCUGACAGGGUUUAUACCAUCUGAUAUUGGGAACUGUACAAACUUGUACAGAUUCAGGAUUAGUGGUAACAGGUUGGGGGGUACUGUUCCAUCAGAAAUCGGGAACUUGAAAAGUUUAAAUUUCCUUGAUAUGAGUAACAAUCGGCUUGUGGGAGGCAUUCCUCCUCCAAUUUCCGGGUGUGAAAAUCUUGAGUUUCUUGAUCUUCAUUCAAAUGCACUCACUGGCCCUCUCCCUGAUACUCUGCCCAAAAGUCUACAGUUUGUUGACAUUUCAGACAACAGGCUCACAGGUCCACUAAGCCCUACCAUUGGUUCCCUAACCGAAUUAACCAAACUGAAUCUCGGAAAAAACCAACUUUCUGGCAAAAUUCCAGCAGAGAUCAUGUCCUGCAAUAGGCUACAACUGUUGGAUCUUGGAAACAAUGGUUUUUCAGGUGACAUCCCUAAAGAGUUGGGCCAACUCCCAUCACUUGAAAUCUCUCUGAACCUGAGCUGUAAUCAACUAACAGGUGAAAUCCCUUCUGAGUUUUCGGAUCUUGACAAGCUAGGAAACCUUGAUCUUUCCUACAACAAGCUAUCUGGGAAACUAGACAUCCUCAAAAACCUUCAGAACCUUGUGUCCCUAAAUGUUUCGUUCAAUGAAUUCUCCGGUGAUUUGCCCAAUACUCCCUUCUUCCGCAAGCUGCCUCUCAGUGAUCUUGCAGGCAACAAGGACCUAUACAUCGCUGGUGGAGUUAAAACUCCAGCUGACGGCAUGGGUUCUCCUGGCCAUGCUAGAACCACCAUGAAGCUAGCAAUGGCGAUCCUUGUCAGCACCAGUGUAGUACUCGUGCUACUUGCUAUUUACGUGCUAGUCAAGACCCGGAUGGCCAAUGUUAAAUCCAUGGAAACUGAUACUUGGGAGAUGACAUUUUAUCAGAAGCUGGAGUUCUCAAUUGAUGACAUAGUGAGAAACCUCACAUCGUCAAACGUCAUCGGGACUGGAAGCUCCGGUGUUGUGUACAAGGUAACAAUUCCUGAUGGGGAAACACUGGCAGUUAAAAAGAUGUGGUCAUCAGAAGAAUCAGGAGCAUUCAGUUCUGAAAUUCGAACUCUUGGUUCAAUAAGACACAAGAACAUUGUGAGACUCCUAGGUUGGGGUUCGAACCAGACACUGAAACUGCUGUUCUAUGAUUAUCUUCCUAAUGGGAGCUUGAGCUCACUUCUUCAUGGAGCUGGCAAGGGAGGAGCAGAAUGGGAGGCAAGAUACGACGUCAUCCUCGGGAUUGCUCAUGCACUUGCAUACUUACACCAUGACUGUGUUCCCCCUAUCAUGCAUGGGGAUGUCAAAGCAAUGAAUGUGUUAUUAGGCCCUCGAAUGGAGCCAUAUCUUGCUGACUUUGGCCUGGCUAGGCUUGUCAACAGUGAAAUUGAUAAAACUGAUACUUCAAAACAGAGUCAAAGGCCUCAUUUAGCCGGUUCUUAUGGCUACAUGGCUCCAGAACAUGCUUCCAUGCAACGCAUCACAGAGAAGAGUGACAUAUACAGCUUCGGUGUGGUCCUUCUGGAGGUCCUGACAGGAAGGCACCCAUUAGACCCAACAUUGCCAGGGGGAGCGCAUUUGGUUCAAUGGGUUCGCGACCACUUGAACAGUAAGCGCGAUCCGGUUGAUAUACUGGACCCAAAGCUGAGGGGGAGGGCUGACCCUCAGAUGCAUGAAAUGCUACAAACAUUGGCUGUGGCUUUUCUGUGCCUCAGCACACGGGCCGAUGAUCGCCCAAUGAUGAAGGAUGUGGUGGCCAUGCUCAAAGAAAUUCGGUAUGUGGACCCUGUGAGGCCAGACGCUGACAUGCUGAAGGGAAGUUUAUCAGCCGCUCCUAAAUCGCCCCCUCCUAAGAAAGUGAUUGCACAAGGAUCCUCUAGCUGCUCUUUUGCAUUCUCCGAUGAUUCGGCUUGAUUAAGGGUUCAAAGAAAAGUGCUCUUUGUGCAUAUUAUGUAGGAGAAUUCAUAGAUAGUACAUGUGAUCUCAGUGUGGACACCAUAUUUUCGCUUAACAGAGGUUGUAUUUCUUGUUAAUAGUUCUGUAGAGUGUAACAACCGGUGGUUGACUAAGAGUGAAUUCAAGUAAGGAAAAGAACAAAAUGGCAUGUUGGAGGAAGGACAAGAAGGGGGUCAUGAUUGAAUCUCGUUUCUGCCCUCGUACACGUGAGUAGAUGUACUAUAAAAAAGGGGACGCCUUUACAUAUCAAGAAUAUGUAGAAGCUCGAGCAAUGAUUGAGUAUUGUAUUCUCGCAAUUGGUAUUUAUUGCAAAGAAGUCAAGAUUCUCCAUA